CCAGGAAGUGAAGUUAGCGUCCUCAUGAAUAUUCAUGAGGCGAGUCUUCGCUACAGUGUAGCGCUCGAUGGCGGGGUGUUUGUGAUCUGAAUGGCUGGAGGAGCAGAUUCUUGUUUUCUGGGGUUCGAUUUCAGCACGCAACAGCUGAAAGUGAUCGCUGUUGAUGGAAACCUCGAGGUGAUUGUCCAGAGCAGUGUCCAGUUCGACAGCGAGCUGCCCGAGUUCAGGACUCGUGGAGGAGUUCAUAUCCAUGAUGACAAGCUGACGGUCACGUCUCCGGCGCUCAUGUUUGUGAAGGCGCUGGAUGUUCUGCUGGAGAAGAUGAGAAACGCUGGCUUCGAUUUCUCUCGGGUCAAAGCCAUCUCAGGCAGUGGACAGCAACACGGCAGUGUGUUCUGGAGGAAGGGUGCGAGACAAACCCUGAAUCAUCUGGACCCACAGAAGCAUCUACACCUUCAGUUACAGGAGUGUUUUGCGCUGCAGGACUGUCCGGUGUGGAUGGACUCGAGUACUUCAGAUCAGUGUCAGUUCCUGGAGGCUGCUGUAGGAGGCGCUCAACGCCUCGCAGACAUCACCGGCUCACGAGCGUACGAGCGCUUCACUGGAAGUCAGAUUGCUAAGAUUUAUCGCUCGAAGCCGGAAGAAUUCAGUGAGACGGAGAGAAUCUCUCUGAUCAGCAGCUUCGCUUCAUCACUGUUUCUGGGUGAUUACGCUCCGAUCGACUUCAGCGACGGUUCGGGGAUGAAUCUGAUGGAUAUAUUUGAGAGACGGUGGUCUCAGGUUUGUCUGGACGCCGCAGCGCCGCAGUUAGCCGAGAGACUCGGUGACCUGACGCCGUCUGCAGCCGUUCUGGGCUGUGUGUCUCUGUAUUACACUGAACGCUUUGGGUUUGCACCGAGCUGUAAGGUGGUGGCCUUCACUGGAGACAAUCCUGGAUCUCUGGCUGGUAUGAGGCUACAGGAAGGAGAUCUAGCGGUGAGUUUGGGGACCAGCGACACGGUUUUCCUGUGGAUCCGGGACCCCAGACCCAGCACCGAAGGCCACAUCUUCUGUAACCCGGUGGACUGCGGCGCAUACAUGGCUCUGAUAUGCUUUAAAAACGGCUCUUUCCCUCGAGAGCGGAUCCGUGAUGAAUGCGCUGGAGGAUCAUGGGAGCGUUUCUCCGGCGCUCUGAGGUCCACGCCGAUGGGAAACCAUGGAAAUCUAGGCAUGUAUUUUGAUGUGAUGGAGAUCACUCCUCCCGCUGCUGGUGUUCACAGGUUUAAUGCUGAAGGUCAAAGGGUCUCUUGGUUUGAGCAGGACGUGGAAAUCCGAGCCCUGCUUGAAGGACAGUUCCUGGCCAAACGAGUUCAUGCAGAAAAGCUGGGCUACAAGAUCCUUGCGGGCACACGAGUGCUGGCCACAGGAGGAGCGUCCUCCAACAAGGACAUUCUGCAGGUAUUCAUUGAAAUUUAUAUUUUAGAAAAAAUGUCUAAUUUUUUACACAUUUCAAUCUAUCCUGUAAACACAUUAAAAGUGAAUGCAGUGCUGUUCUCUCCAGCUCUGGAGGCAGAAACAGGAGCAUCGUUCACCGAGACGCUCCGAAACGCUCCAGAACCUCAGCUGGCCGUCAGACCCACACCAGGAGCUCAAGAGGUUUACGCGCCGCUGAUGCUCAGAUACGCAGCGCUGGAGGCUCAGCUCCUCAAAGACCAUCAGAAAUCACUCCAUCUGCUGUGAGACGCUGAGACAUACAAACAAACAAACACAGAUGCAGCAGCUUUAACUAAUGCAUGCAGAUGAAAGUCAAAAGCCAUAUUUUAUAAUCAUUCAAAUAUUUUUACUACAAUUAUUUUGGAGUUGUAUAAUAAACAAAGGAUGCUAUUAACUAUUAAAUAAAUUGCAAUAUAUAUAUAUUUUGUAGUAAUGCAUGAACAUGUUGACUACAAAUUAGAUAUUGAAAUAAAUUGAUCGCUGUGCCAUUUAUAAUCAGUAUCCAUGGCAACAGCGAUCCCAAGUAUUGCCGUAACAGUGAUCGAUCUGUAAUAUGUCAAAUAAAAGAGUCUAGUUUUUCUAAUUUUAAGCGUGCGAUGUACAUGUGAUGUGCUUGAGCUCUCUGUGCAUUAAACAAAUAAAGAUUUUAACAGUC